AUGUCGGAUUUGAUAAAUAAUCUGGAUAUCGGAAACUUGGCAAAUCGGACAUUGUUUAUCUAUUUUGCAAUUCUGGUAUCAAUCUACAUUUCAAGUGUGUUCAUUAUUUUCCCAUUAUUCAUUCAUUUCACAAAAAUCAAUAGAGAAAAAGAUCGAGAAUCGUCGAUUUUUCAAAUCUCAAGUCAUCUAUAUCGAAUCACAGUCAUCUCACAAUAUUUGAUCUUAACUUUAGCGUUCGCACUACUUUUCGUCUUUCUUAUAAUCACAGAUGUUUUAACCACCUAUAAAUUUCGCCUGAUGUUUUGGUCAAUUGUAAUGUUUAUGGGUAUAUUUAUUUAUGCUUUUAAUCAAAUAGUUGUUCCAAUUCAAAAUCUUUUAAUAUUCCUUCUGGCUCUUCAAAGAUUUCUUCUUUAUUUCUAUCCAAGUUAUGAGAAAUAUAUUGUUCCCAGUGAAAAACGAUUCAAAUGUUUUUUGAAAUGGUUAUACUUCAGUUUUAUUUUUGGAAAUAUAACGUACACAAUUUUUCUUUUUAAAUCAUAUUUCUGGGACAAUGCGCAAAAUUACGAUCCAAGUUGGUCUAUGUUAAAUUCAGUAAGUGUUUCCGUUUUUCCGUAUUAGAAAAUUCAAUUAUAGGCUGUUUAUAUAAUCAUGGACUUGCUUGUGAUAUUCUCAUCUAUUUUUUACAUUUGUAUUUUGAUAAGUGUUCGGAAAAUUACAAGACUUGCUUCUAGUGUUAUGAAAAACCGUCCCGAAAAAGCAAUUCUCUAUCAUACUUUAGUUUUAUUAUUUGUGAAACUGUUUUGUAUUCCAAUGGUUUUACUUCUCCUAUUGUUUGCUUCCAUUGAAGAUCUGAGCGAUAAGUUCAAUUUGGUAAUUCUAUUUCGUUAUUUUCAACCUAAUCAUUAUUUUAUUAGAUUUACUUCUCACUAUUUUUCAUCGAUAUUCUAACAACUCCAAUAGUAUUCCAAAUCACAUAUAUUUUUUGCAACAAAACGAAUCUGGAAGCCUUGCUGAAAAUGAAUUUCAAAAAAUUGAAAACUUGGAUGAUUGUUUGUUGCGGAGCAUCUUCAAAUAUGAUUGAAAAUCACCAUGAAGUAUAUAGCACGAACAAAACAUCGGUGGUUGUUCAGAACACUUGA